GGUCUAAGGCGCUGGAUUAAGGCUCCAGUCUCUUCGGAGGCGUGGGUUCAAAUCCCACCGCUGCCAACUGAAAUAUUUUUUUAAACUAAAUUUCUAUUCACUUUUGUAUCAUAUAUAUUCUUUGGGAUGAUUACAGCUACAUUUGUACCAACAACAAAAAAUACAUUAACAAUCGUGGUGGUGUUUUUUUUAUUUUAAUUGCUGUUAUUAUAUAGACGCGCAUAAGAUUAUUUGUGUUUUAAUUGCGGCGUGGUCGCGUUUAGCCACGCGGUGUCACAUGGAGGCCGCGAUCCGCCGCUGCCGCCGCUGCCGCUGCUGCUGCUACACCCUCACAUGGUUCUAUGCAAACCCCGCACAGAGGGUGAAGACUCGUGACGGCAGUGAGGACCUCUGGUGAGGGUACAGCGGUGAGGGUGUGCCAGCAUCGUCCCCCCGGUGCCAGAAGUGGUGUCCCACCAACGCCCACGUGGAUGCUGUGACACGGACGCUGCGACGGGUGGACGCUGUGAUGAGUGGGUGGCGUGACGGGUGGCUGGUAUGACGUUGGGACGGUGUGGCAUUUGGGCGGUGUGACGGGUGGACGGUGGUGAAAUGCGGCUGGUGUGACGGGGGAACGACAGUGUGACGCGCGUCCGUUUUGACACGGGAGCGAGGGGAGCGGCAGACUGCAUCACCAUGGCGACCGCCACAGACGACGAGGACGACCCUAUCGUCGAGGAGAUCGACGUGUACCUGGCGAAGGGACUCGCUGACAAGCUCUACCUCUUCCAGUACCCGGUGCGGCCCGCGGGCAUGACGUACGAGGGCACGCCACACCUCGCCACACGCAUCAAGCCCAAGCUGCAUAAGGUGGAGCUGGAGCUGGGCAUCAACGUGACGAGUCCCAACUACUCGCGCAGCAAGGGGGAGCAGAUCGCACUCAACGUGGACGGGGCCCACGGGGACGACGGCAGCGGCUCCUGCACCUACUCCACGAAGCUGAUGGACAAGCAGCUGCUGUGCUCCAGUCAGACGCCGGGCAGCGCGUCGCGCUACGCCAUCGCCCUCUACCGCAGGGGCGAGCUGCACGUGACGCCGCUCCAAGGCGUCUUGCAGCUGCGUCCCAGCUUCUCGUACCUCGACAAGGCCGACUCCAAGCACAAGGACAAGGACGCCGCCCAAGACGGCGACUCGUCGCAGGAGGAGGCCGAGGACGAUGUCAAGCAAGUGACGGUGCGGUUCGCGCGACCGGAGAGCGACCGCGCCAAGCAGCGGCGGAUGCAGUCGUACGAGUACAUGCAGCAGAAGCAGGCGGAGGAGCCGUGGUUCAACCUCCGCCACCACGGACUCAAGGACGGGCGCGCGGACCACGAGCGACAGUACCUGCUGGCGCAGAGCGGCAUGAUGGAGGCGUGCGAGCUCAUGAAGACGCCCAAGGAGUACCUCUCCAUGCUGAUGCCUCCCGCGAAAGAGGAGAAAAUCGAGGUGACGGUGGCGCCCAGCAAUGUCAUGUCCAUGGCUCAGCUGCGCACGUUGCCGCUCGGAGACCAGGUGAAGACGCUCAUGAAGAACGUGAAAGUGAUUCAGUUCUCGCAGCUGAUGUCGCUGCUGAGCCCCGGGCUCGACUCGGUGUCUGUGCUGCGCAGCGUGCAGCAGGUGGCCCUGCUAGUGCAGGGCUGCUGGGUCGUCAAGAGCGAGGUGCUCUACCCCAAGGACUCGCUGAGCCCUCACAGCGGGAUCCCCGGCGAGCUGCUGUGCCGUGCCCGAGACUUCGUCAUGUGGAGGUUCACGCAGGAGAGGAUGCUCCUGCGCAAGGACGUCGCCGGAAUCGUCAAGCUGCCCCCCGACGACAUGCGCGAGAUCUUCCAGCAGGUGGCCGUGUCGCGCAUCGGCCUGGGCUGGGAGUUCAUGCAGCCGCGCGACGACGACUUUGUGCGGAGGCACGCCGACGUGGUGCAGCGGCAGACCAUGCUGUGGGCGGGCGUCCAGGCGCGGCUGGAGAAGGCGUACGGUCUGAAGAAGGAGGACAUGCUACCCAAGAAGCCAGAGGCACCGCCACCGGGGACCGUGGUGACGGGAGAGGAGCGGCUCAGGCUGGCCAGGUCAAAGAUCAUGGAACACAAGGAGGAUCUGGAACAGACCUACAAACAGCGGCAUUCCCAGAAUCCCACGAGGCAGACCCACAAUGCCGUGCAGGAGAGCGGCGGCGUGCGCAUCAAGGAGGAGCGCGCCAGCGAUGCCGAGGAUACGGAACCGAUGGACGUGGACGGCUCCAACGGAGCGCCGGCGCUCGCCAACGGAGAGCACGGCGCCCCGGGGGAGUCGGAGGGGGCGGCGGCGGCGGCGGGAGCCGAGACCCAGCGGCGCGAGCUCCUGGCGUUCGUGCGAGCGCGCCUCGCCGAGCACACGGUGCUGCCGCUGCGCGAGCUGCGCCGGCUGCUCGACCGCCACCUGGCGGCGCUGGCCCCGGGCCACGUGCUCGGCGCCGGCGUCUCCCCGCUCAUGCUGCAGGAGGCGGCGCUGCAGAGCGGCGGCCGGCAGAUACACGUGCAGAUUCCGCCGCAGUUCCUCUCGGACGCCAACAACGACAAGGUGUUCGCAAACUGGAGCGCGGGGGACGCUCACGAGAAGCCCCGGCAGGUUCUUCUGGAGAUGUUCAAUGAGAACUACCGGCUGAAGCGCCCGGCCAUCCAGUCGCGGCUCGCACUCGCCGGAGGACCCGAGCCGGACAAACCGACGCUUGACAAGCUGCUGAAGGAGUGCUGCGUGAGCCGCAAUGGGAUGUGGUACCUGAAGGGAACGACUCCGUCAUGACAGCAGCCGUCGCCUCGGGGUGCGAGGAGGGGGCGGAGGGGGGGGCGGGAGGAGCGUGGGUGAGGAGUGCAGGUGAGUGAAGUGGUGUGGCCGUGAAACCCGGGGAUUGGCCUCAGCCCAAGGCUCCGUGGUCAGGUUGCCACUUGGACAUGUCAUGGUUGGAGAGAAGAAUAUUUCACAAGACUGGAAUAGUGGAGAACUGCAUGCAUAUGCACUGUCUCGAUGGCUGUGUUGUUAUUAUUAUGAUUGUUGUUGCACAGUCAACAAAAAUGCGCUGUGACCUUUACGGACCCGGGAAGACUUACAGAUUUGCCUGGACGGCCACAUCAAAAAUAAAAAAGAACGUUUCUGGCAAAUCCAGGACAGGUGCCAACCUUACCACAUGGCCUCCCUGGACUCCCAACGGCCAUCGUCAUCCCCGCCGCCACCUUCCUUUCUAGACGAGAGGAAAUGAGGCGACCUUCGAGACCGACGGCUGAGAGGGCAGAGAGAUGCCAUGGUGGGAGGGCGGGAGGGCAGGACAGCCGGGGUCUUCUCGGCGGCCUCGCUGCCGCCCCCCACACAAGCAGUUUCAAGUGCUGCCCCCCCCCCCUUACUACGGGGCAACCUCGCCUCCGCUGCCUCCACUACCACCGCAAAGUCUCGCGCUGCCACGGAACGGCAGCCCUGGAGACUCAAAUCACGCGGCCCUCUGCUGGGCCAAGAAAAGAAGGCGAUCAUUUUUUUUUUCUCCGAAGUUUACGACUGAUGUGUUUUUUUUCUCUCUCCGGCUUAAGUUUCAUGUUUCUUUUUUCCCCUCCCGCCGCCCCCCCCCCUUCCCCCCGCUUCUCCUCACCUCUGUGAUUGAUGUAAGAAGGUUACGCGAGCUGUGCAUAUACUGUACAUCUGUUGGUUAUGUCCAAGUAUUUUCAUCGUGCGGUAACGCAAACCUGUCAAGCCCUUAUCAGUGCCCCACCUUAUUACGGACCAAUUCAGAACUUAUUGGUCACCCCCGUACCCUUGUCAAUCUCAACGUUCAUCCUGCAAACUCCCAUCACAAGGGAGAAACGCAAACAAACAGACAAAAAAACAAUUGCCCGUAUUGAAAUGGCUGUACGCCGUAUGGACCUCAAAGCUCAACUUCCCCUCUUGAUUUAAAUCUAGAUUUGAAGCUUUCGUGAAUGCAGGAAUCCAUACUCUUUGGUUCUUUCGGUAAAGUCACGUGGGUAGAAAAAAACCCAACUUCCCUGUACAAGAAUACGGGGUAAUCCAUAUGGCUUGACACGGUAUGGUAACGGAUUCGUUUCGUUCGCGGCGUGGAUUGGCUCUCAAGUCCGGCAGUCAAGUGACGUGGGUGGGGCGGGUGGGGUGGUCCGGGUUGUGCACGCGGAUUUUCUGUCGAGGACACAGGUUGAGGCACGCACUGCGCUGAGUUUUGUAAUGAGAUGCUGCUGCGGUCUUACACUUCAUGAAUUGCAGGUUACGUUUGCUGCCUGCCGGCCGUAAUGCCAAACCUGAUUGCGAUAAACAUUGAUGUGCGUUUUGGAAUUGCCAUUUUUGUUGUUGUCGUCACCAUUGGAUAUUUAAAGCCUAUUACAUGUCUGUUCCGUCUCACUUGAGAUCUGGUUAAAACAAAUACCCGUCGUGAAUUUAUACCGACGACGGAGCCUGCAUGUGAUGCCAGGGAACGACACUGGCUGGAGGAGUCGGUACAGGGCUGCUGCUCUCCUCUCUCACAGUGUCACAUUUUCCCCGUCUGUGCAGUGUUUGUUGACACUCAGUGGGUUUUUAACGCUUGCGUAUCCCAUUUCUACUGGCACAUCUGAGCUGCACCAGAGUUGGGGCCAUCAUGGUACAGGUGUUUUUUUUUCCCACUAGCUUCUUGCCAAGCCGAGCCAGAACAAUACCGUGAAAUUCUGGCCUUGUAGUAAUUGUGAAUGUGACGCGUAGCCCAGUAGGACCAGGAUCAGGGGUUCGUUUACUGACAGUCGGCAGCAUGGCUCUGGUCUUAAAGUGGAAAAAACCAACCUGGUGCCUCCUGAGCCACGCUGGGCUGGGUCGGCACGUGGUUCACUUCGCUCAGCUGGGGGCGGGGGGGGAUUAUGUUUAAUGCCAUAUUUUAAAGAUUGCGUUUCGGUGCAGAUAACGGUCACCGGCAACACUUGAAAGCGGGGUUUAGUCUCCGGUGUAGAAGUACAAAAUCGAAACUUUUUACAGCGGUGAAUACGCUUCAUUUGAACGCUGAAUUUUUGGCAAGAAUUCAACAAAAGAAUGUUCUAUUGCGAUAGCCGCAUUGGAAGUAAUGAACAGGAACAAACGGCAAAAACAACCCCAUUCACAUUUGUCAACAGCACUGCCCGAAGAGGAAUAAUAUACAAUACCGUAGACCGAUAACGCCACCCCCCCUCCCGUUCACGACGGUGGUGUAAAUUGACGAACCUAUGUGAUGUUUUAUUUUUUUCUCCCCCCCCCCCUCAUCCUCGAUGUCGCAGAGCAAGGACCGAAGUGUUAUUACCAGAACCGAGGUCAAUUAUAAUUGCAGUUGCGCAAUUUGUAAUGAAAUGGAAUCGCAAUGUCAAAUAUAAUGACUGUUUUGGCAAACAAUGCUGCUGCUGCUGUAUUUUAUUAUAAUUGACCGAAGGUCUCGUUUUUAUCAUCCCUUUAUUUAAUGGUUCGAGUUGAAUGGAUUUGCUGAAGCUGUCGAGACGAAAGAUAUCGGAAGCUCCGUGCAGUACAACGGACAUGUGCAGUGUCGAAAGUAAACAUUAAAAGGCGCAGCCCCUGCAAUUCCUCUUGUCACGCCACUGCUUGCAAAGGGGCCCUCUGCAAGAGGGAGCUCCAAAAGGUCAUCUCGAAGAUACUUGGCCUACUUUUGCAGACCGCACAGGCAGUGGCCAGACGCCUUGGACGAGAUGGGGAGUUGCCCCACGCUUUACCCCACCACACACCACAAUGACCGGUGGUGGAGCCGUCGGCAGCGUGGGGAGCGGUGGUGAAGCGGUUAGCGCGCUGCGCUGUGAACCCGGCGACACGGGUUUGAUUCCCGCUCACGGCCAACACCAGUGACGAUUAUCUGAACCGGUCCUGGGCCUCCCCUAGGUCGACUCAGCCUCAAAUGAGUACCUGAUGCGGUGUGUAAACAUCGCCACUGGGGAGACAAAGGCGGCCGGGCGUGGUGCUGGCCACCCACCCCCUCGUGUACCAUUCCGGCCUUCAUAGGUGCUCGCUAACAGCACUUGCCCCUACAGUCUGUUAAGGCUACACGGGG